UGGUUUUAAAGGGAAAAGAAGGAAGCUCUCUUUUACGUCAUUGUUUAGAGGUUUACUUUGAAAAAAUAAAAUAUAUACGAAGUUAUAGUAAUGUUGAAUUAAAAAAAAAAAAAAUUUGAAAUCUUAUGUUCAAAGCUUAGAAAAAUUCUCCCAAGAUUAAUCUUCUAGACCCUAGAGAUAAUUUGGCAUUUACAAUUUUGGAGUUCAAAAAAAUAAAAAUACUACAUAACGGGCUAACGGCUCAUGUAGUCCCACAGGCCACUAAAUUCACACCAAUUUAGUUUGAAGAUUAUAAAGUAAAAUUGGCUCACACACACUAAAAAAAGAUAGCCGUUAUGAGUAAGCGUAUUAGACCGUUGGGACAAAAAAAUAAAUAAAAUUAAAUAGUAACGAAAGAUCCGUUACGAAAGUGAACACCUUUAUCCGCUCUCUCUCUCAGUUCCCGUGCCUAAUUGACUUUACGUUCCGACAAGACCCAAAUAGACACAGCACACAAGACCCAAAUCGAAGAUAGGAUUCGCGUUUAUGUUGGUGUCCGUAACCUAAAAAGACAUUCUAGAGUGAUUGAGAUCGAGAGAAGGAAAGAGAGAGUGAGAGAGAAAUCUGGGUUUCUUGAAGCUGUUGUGAGGAUCUUGUUAUGGGUGGUUUUCUUACAAAGGCUUGAGCUUUUUAUCUUCAAAACCCAGUUUUCAAACAGAGAGAAGUUUUUGGGUUAAUCUAGUGAGAAUUUAAAGAAAAUAUAUAUAGAAGAUGGUUGCAAGAACCCCACAGAAGCAGAGGAAAGUGGCGAUGGUGGUGCCUCCUCUCAACUCAGAUCUUCUCAAGGAAACGAUCAACAAGGUUGAUAAAUGUAUGGAAAGACUGCAAGAGCUACAGUACACAAUUGCAGGAGGAACCAAAGUUGUCUCUGGUGUGAACCUUAGCCCUCGAAGCACUAGAAUUUACUUGAAGACUAGUCUUAGAUGCAAGCAAGAAACUUUAAGGAUCAAGAAUGCUACUAAUAAGAAAUCUCCAGUAGGGAAGUUUCCUGCUUCCUCACCAGGAGAUUGGAGGAAAAUGUCACUCCCAGCAAUGCUACUAGGAGAGACUGUAAAUGAAAUCUUACAAGCCUCACAGGUCACAAGAGACAUUGUGGACGCCAUAGCACCAAAGAAGAGUAGAAAGUCCAGGAGAUUAACAAUGUCACAAGAAGACGAUGGCCCUAAAACACCCGAGACACAACAAAAAUCCCGGGAACAGAAUCCUGAAACUGUCAGUAGCAAUAUCAAAGCAAGAAGGAAGAAAGAGAAGCAGAACAGACGAUCAGAAUCAGAUUCUCCUCCAUCUCUACAAAGGGCACGCUCAAGAAUUGCGUUCAGAACCAUCUCUCCACAAGUAAAGGGAAAUAAUGGUGAGAAUAGUUUUCGGCAUUUGGCCAACAGGGUUUCACCAAAGCACAAACCUUGGGUUAAAAAGGCGGUUCUUUUUCCGAACCCUCUAUUUAUUUCCGGUACCGCUACACAACAAGCAAAGUUCAGUAGAACAAUGUCUCCGGUCAUAGCCAGAAAUGAGAUAUCCAGCAUCAAGAACAAUAAAGAAACGCCUUACAAGUUCUUAAUCAAAUCUCCUCCCACAUCAGCAUCUAAGUUUCAGGUCAAGAUCAGGAGCCCACCUAAGGUCUUGGUUUCUCCUACAAGAAAUGGCAGUAACUCGGUUCGGAAGUCACCUAGAGGCUCCAGGUCUCCGACAAGAACUGUUAACUUAGGAAAGAAGUCAGCGUCGAUUUCUCCUAUUAGAAAUACGGGAAAGAGGUCUCCAAAGCUAUCAACUGCUGCUAAGCUCAGAAGAUCAUUUACUCCUACGAGAAAUGGCAGUAACUUGGCUCGUAAGUCGUCUAUUUCUCCGAAAAGAGUCACACUUCAAGCAUUUCUUUCUCCAACAAGAAAUGGUAACUUUUGUAAGAAGUCACCCAAAGCUUCGAUUUCUCCAACUAGGGUGUGCAACAAGUCGCAGAAGCUGUCAACGGCUGCAAAGUUCAGGAGGUCAUUUUCGCCAUCGAGACUAGCUAUGAGGUUUGUAUCUCCAAUGAAGAGCAGGAAAGUGUAGCCAAGUGCGAUGAUCAUGAGAUGGUGAGUGGAUUGAAACAGCGUCCGGUUUUGGUUCCUAAGAGAUUCUCGAUAAGGAGAAUCUAAUAUGAGAGAGUUUUUAAUGAAAGAAGAUAUUAUCUUAGUUUUUGAUGUGUUUGUGUAUCGUUGAUAAGUUAUUGUUUUAUCGUCAAGAAAAUAUAUGGAGGAAAACAUUAUUUAUUGGAAUUACUUUUGUUCAAAUGUGGGUGUAAUUUGAGGGUACCACUAUGCUACAUUUUCUUAAAGAUAUUUGUGAUGACAAAUAAUAGUUAACUUGUUAUGUGG